CGGCAGCGUUUCUAUUGGCUAACGGGUCUUGUGGGCGAAAUUGAAAUAAACGUUUGAACCCUGUCGCUGCUGAUUGUUUGCCGACUCUUCCAUGAAGAUUGUUUUGAGCCGUAUGGUGAAUAUCCGGGCUCAUUAACAGUUCUAAGAUGGGGGACCAUGUUGAGCUACAGAUCACACCAGAGACUCCAGGCAGGCCUUCAAUAAGAAACCCAUUUGAAAGUCCCAAUGACUACCACCACCUUCAUGAAUCCCUGGUGCCAAGCCCAUCAGUCUUCAAGUCCAAGCCUUGUAAAGCUACUCCUCCCAAGUUUAACUGGUCUAUUGAUGAAAUGGCCAGUCUUCUCCCAGUGCACAUAGACCCAGAGGAAAUCCAGCGACAGUCUUUUUACCUCAGCCAGACAAGGACAGAUUCUGACAUUGAGGAAAAGCGUCAGAAUGCUAUUGAGCAGUUUUUCACCAAGGGAGCCAUCGUGCCCUCACCCUGGGCAGCACCAGACGCCCGCAAAGGCCCUCAGAUUUAUAUGAAAAGUUCGAAAACUUCCAUGAUUGCUGAGGAGCCUGAAAAAGUCUCAGUUGCUUGUCAGACAACUCUUUCGUUACCUAUGGCAUUUGAUUUGGAAAAAAUACUUGGGGAUUAUUACCGCUACGAGGAAAUAUGUGAUUUUGUGCAGGAGAGUCUCAGUUCCUCCUCCUUAAGGAGAAAACUCUUCCUCGAUGGUCAGGGCCCUUACAGUGGCUCUGACAGCUCCAGCCCACCAAGCCCAGAGAGAAACCAUGCCAGGCAGGAUGGGGUUUCUCUGUACCAGGGAGAGGGAGCUGUCGGAGGGGUUGCAGGCUCUGAGGGAGAAGCAAUUUCGUCUGUCUUUUCGUCCCCUUUGUCCUGUGGCGUGUCGGCCCCAACUCCCUCUACAGGUCAGUUCUCGUCCAGUCCCAUCCAGCAUGGGCGCUUCCGGGACUGCAGCCUUGGCAGCAUCACCAGUCCUCUGUUCCCUGACAGGUCGUCUCCUGCUGGCCUCAUCUCCCCGACAAUUUCUCCUAUUGUUGCACAUACAGCACGCACACCCAUAUGCUCAGCUGAAAGGAAACAGCAGAACAAUUUGACUCCACACGGUGUUCCCCUGGACAUAGAUGUCUCUUGCUUCAAUGAGAGUCCAUUUGUUGAGGGUUGCUCUCCCAUUCGUAGUUGCUCCCCGCACCAGCUCCAUUGCCACAACGAGGCCCAACACAACGCCAGACCCAAGCCCCGGCCCAGAGUCCGCUGCUGGGCCUCCCCUCCCCUCAUCUCCCCGAUCCUCAACCCAAGGCUCCAAGACAAUCACGAGGCUGAGGACCAACUCUCCUCUUCCUCCCCCUCUUCAUCAUGCUCUCUCCCCCCUAUGGAGCUUGAUCCAGCUUCACCCCUGCCCCGUGACACUCACCCUGCCAACACAGAGAGAGUUAGCCUGGAUCCUACGGAACCUGUGAAAAUGGAGGAAGGCAAGGAGACAGAGAUAGAAGAAGAGGAGGAAGGUGGAGUGCUCUCAGGACAGCUGACCAGCUCUCGUAUGGGGAAUGUUUCGGCAACAGACAACUCCAAUAUGUUUGUAUCUCUUCUGGCAGAGGGGAGCAGCAUCCGAUAUGAUUCCAGCAUGCAGGUGGACAGCGGUUAUAACACUACCUCAGCAGGCACAGCCAGUCUUAUAGAUGGCCUCAACUCAGACUGUCCCAGCAAAGAGUCCUUCAGUUCAAACCUGGUUGAAGACACUUUCCAUCUUGCCAGACACACUAAAGUAAAGGUAUUUUAUCCCCACCACUGAGCUAUCUGAUUGAUGCAUUUAAAGGGACGUGCCUCUUCCAGUGGAAGCUUAAGAUGAUUUUUUUUGCAAUCAAAUACAACAAAGUUUACACAAUGUUUGAAGCAUUUAUUUAGCAUUUGGCUAGGGUGUAUGAGGUAAACUGUUGAAUGCAGUAUGAAGUGAGGGGUUUCACAAGCCAUUAUUAAUUAUCUUUAAAGGGAUACUUCCAAUCAUUUUUUUAAGGUGGGGUAGUAUGAAGAACUUAUCCAUAGUCGGAGUAUUACCUACAGUAGAUGGAGGUCAGCAUGCUCCCAGUUUGGAGAAGCAGGCAGGAGGUAAUGCAGGUAACUGACUUAUUCAACCCCACUUCAAGAAAUCCAAAUUAUCCCUUUUUAAGAUUUGAAAUUCAAGUUAUCAAACUGAAAGCAAAUACCACAUACUUGUAUGUUUCUUAUCACAGGUUAGUAGGGAGAAGACUAACCUAUAGACUCUUAGUUGCACUGUAAGUCACUGAACAGUUCUGAUUAUAAGUCAAAAGUUGUUUUUGACUCAGUACUGUAUAUAUAUACUGGUGUGGUUGAGGGAAGAAAAGAAAUGUUAAUUUUGUAUAAAAUUUGCACAACAGUAGCCUCCUUGAAUGCUGUAUUGAAGCUAAUGUCAUCAUUUCACUUUUUUUUGGUGCUGACAUGGUCGACUUAAUAGAUCCUGACUUUCAGAUGACAUUGGAUUUGUACUGUAUUUAUAUUUUAUAAAAGUUAAUCAUGUUUUUAUAUGAUGGGAGCUUUUUCUUUUAUUGAAUAAGAACUGUUGAAAUUCAGGUUACUUGUGGAUCUUAUUUGGAUUGUUUGAAUAUUUAUUCCUAAAUAAGAAUGAAUAAUGCCACUAGUGACUUAAAAGCUGAUUGAGCCAUUUUUCAAACAUUUUUUAUAAUGAAAACUUGUGUGGGCUGGAUCGUUGUGGCAUUAAACAAACUUGAAUUCA